AUGGACUGGUCGUCCACGUCGCUGGGCCCCAUGUCCUCAUGGCCUCAGGAUCUGUUGACACUUAUCUAUAUGACAAUGCUCGCCCCUCAACCACAACUUUUCUUUCUGGGACCCGAGCGCAUCUUCUUGUACAACACCGCCUAUGGUCAUUUACUCCGAGAUCACCACCCUGCAUACUUUGCAAAACCUUUUCAUACGUUGGAACGUCUGCGACCUCAUACGGAAUUAGUCGAUCGCUUGAUGCAACAUGCGACCGCGGCCAAACAAUCUGGCUCGACAAUGGAUAGACUCUUUCACUUCGACAACGGCAAUGACAUUGAGGAAGUGUUUAUGACAGGGAAUAUGGUACAGCUACCGCCCCAGUUGUCCGGGUUCCAUGGAACAACAAAUGACACCACCCUGAGGGUCGUUAGCGAACGUCGAAACCAGUUUCUUGCAACGCUAAAGAGCGCUUGUGAUCGAGUACACGAUCUGCCGGCACUUUUACAGUCUAUUCUUCAAAGCCUUGACUCAUCAGAACUCGAUAUCCCGUUCGCAGUCAUCUAUGAGAUCGAAGACCAACAAAACAACGACGUUGUGUUCAAAAGACCCCGCAGCGACGAAGGCGAUGUCAUUUUGUGCUUGACAGGAAGCGUGGGAGACUUCGACUUUUUGCCGCAACUUCUUGAUCUCAGUGUAAACCAGGAUAUUCUGAUACAGCGCAUGCGCAAAGCGAUCACUUCCCGAGAGCCUGUUCAGAUCAGAGCCACAGAUGAUGCCAUGUUGUCUGAAUUCUGCCGCGCGUCGAAGAACCGCGGCUAUGGAGACACGUGCAGGCAAGCAAUCAUCUUUCCAACAAGCUGUAACUCCUUUCAUGGUGUCAACGCUCUUGUGGUGAUCGGCAUAGCACCUCGCAGACCCUAUGACGAGAUAUACCAAGCAUGGAUCCGAGAGAUGCAGAAACGUAUCGCAGACUACGCUUUCGCAAUAGCGUGCACGGAAGCGAAGGAGGUCGAGAAGCGAAAAACAGCUGAUCGAGCGCGGGAAGAAGCCGAAAUCAACCAGAGAGAGCUCCAACUUCGACAAAGAGAGGCCAUGAUAGUCAAAGAAAAAACAAAAUGUGUCUUGGCAAUGGCAGAGACUAUUGACGUGGGAAUCUUUGACUUCACACCAGCAGGGGAACUCAUGCACGGCAACAAAGCCUAUCACGAACUGACCGGAUACCCCAGAGAUCCAGCUCUGAACGAACGACUCACUUUCCUGGACUACUGCAUGCCAGAAGACGUUGAGUUGGCUGUGGAGAAAUGGAAGUGGCUCCUGUCAGGCAAACAAACGACAUUCGAGAUGCGCUGGAAGAACAACACGCCACAUGGUCAGUGGGUACAAGCCGCUUGCACGCCAGUUUUCGACGAGGCAGGCAACAUCAUCAGCAUCUCCGGCUGUCUGACGGACAUUCAGGCUCAGAAACUAGCCGCCCUGCAUGCCUCACAAAGAACCGAGGCUCUUGAACAAGUAAGAAAGGGUCAAGCAAGGCUGCUUCAAUUUACAGAGAAUACGCCUGCCGGUGUUAUGAUAAGGGAGUAUCCAGAUGAGACUCUGUACGUCAAUAACAGCUGGUUCAAGAUGACUGGUCAUCCGAAAAGNCCCUUUUCAGAGGUGGACGUAGCGUCUGUUUAUUAUUCCGACGAUGUCUGGAUAGCCCGGGCGAGCCUCAGAGAUUGUAUAGAGCAUAACAAAGCCGUUGAGUUCCGAGCUCGACUAAGCAAACUAUGGACCAGCGAUGACGGCUCAUUUCAAGGGCAGGCAUGGGUUUCCGUCAUAUGCUUUCCGGAGUUCAGUGAGGACGGUAAGCUUAUCAGGGCUAUGUCGACUUGGACGGACAUCUCGCAUUCGCAAUUCAACGAGCACCUACAACGCCAAAAAUUACAGGAAGCCAUAGAAGCGAAAAGAAGUGCCGAAGCUUUCAUCGACAUCACCAGCCAUGAGAUACGGAAUCCGCUUGGAGCAACAGUGCAUUGUGCUGAUAUGCUGAGAGAAUCGCUUGUGGAGAUGAGGCAGCUUAUCAAUACGCUCGUGGAGGGCAAUCAGGACAACAAAGCGUGCCAGAGCACAAAAGCACGACUGGAAGAGCAUCUCAAGAGUGACAUCGAGGUAGUUGACACCAUCCUUUCCUGCUCUAUGCAUCAGAAACGCGUAACCGAUGACAUUCUCUCUCUAUCGAAGCUCGAUUCAAACCUUCUUCAGGUAGCCCCAACCACGGUUCGCGCGACAGAAAUGCUGGAUGCUUGUAAAAUCUUCACCGUUGAAGCCGACCGUGUAGGGGUCAAUCUUCAUAUCGAACGGGACAAAUCAUUGAGCGACCUUGGCAUUGAUUGGGUCGUGGCCGACUCAAGCCGCAUAAACCAAGUGCUAGUAAACCUACUAACGAACGCCAUCAAGUUUACAAAGGCUUCCAAGAACGAGCGGUCAGUUGUCGUACGUCUUGGAGCAUCGAGAGAGCGGCCCCAAGAUCUGUCAGUCACUUACGCCACGACGGACAGUCCCGAAGCUCGAGCGCAAACUGAGCUCACGGCUGACGCCACGUUCUACCUUUGGUUCUCAGUCACCGAUAGCGGUUGUGGCAUGAGUGAGGAGGAGCAAAAGCGCAUGUUCAAUCGUUUCUCUCAGGCCUCUCCUCGAACAUACACUCAAUAUGGUGGCUCUGGACUGGGAUUGUUCAUCAGCAAGAGGCUCGUGGAACUCCAAGGUGGACAGAUUGGUCUCGCUUCUCAAGUCGACAUCGGCUCCACAUUCGCUUUCUACGUCCCUGCGAAAGAGGCCAUGGAAAUCCCAGACUCACCAAUGCCUGAUGUACCGGAUUACACAGAUUCCCUGGAUCCUCGUCUAGUGUCUCCAAAGAUCAACGGAGCAAGUGAUGGUCAGCCCCUGCGAUCCUUNUCCAUCCUAGUGGUCGAGGACAAUCUUGUCAAUCAAAAAGUCCUCCAGAAGCAGCUCACUAAACUUGGAUACGAAGUCCAGGUGGCAAAUCACGGACAAGAAGCGCUGGAUUAUCUUGUGACCACAAGCGCCUGGAAACAUGAUAAUCAAGAUCCCCUCAAGGCGUUGCAAAAUGUUGACGUGGUUCUCAUGGACAUCGAGAUGCCUGUUAUGGGUGGGUUGACCUGCUCCAGGCGUAUCCGGGACAUGCAGGCUGCGGGAGACAUCGUCAGCCAUAUACCCAUCAUCGCGGUCUCGGCCAAUGCUCGUGAGGAACAGAUGAAACAAGCCUAUGAUGCGGGAGUGGAUAACUUUAUCGUGAAGCCGUUCCGGAUACCAGAGCUGAUAUCUGUGAUCACUAGAUUGGUCGAUGCUACAUGA